UGCCUAUUGGCCGCCAUUUUGACAGACUAUAAAUACAGAGGWUUUGCAAGAGCCAUGUCCAUCAACAGGACGACAAUCGGAAGUGUAAACCUAUACCUUGGAAACCUAUGGUUUCUUCUUGGAAAUUGGCCAUAAUCCUUUCUUCAGUUUAAGUUCUGUUAACUUGGAACAAGCCAUGCAAACUUCACUGAACGCCGUAAAAAUGAAGGACGAAACCGUCUUGUUUUGUCCUGGUAAUUGUAACGACAGAGGUGCUUGUGUAGCGGGCAGUUGUGUUUGUGAAGUACGGUACAGUGGAGGUAACUGCACAGACUCCAACCUGGGUUACAAUAUUGGCUUUGGGUUAACCUUCUACUUACUAUGCGUUGUUUGUUUUCUACAGCUGGUCUUGUGUAUAUGGAGUGAGUUUGGAAAACUAAAAAGACCAUCGUUAGCCAAAGCAUGCCGUCCAACAGUUCAGAAAAUGCUCUACAUUUGUAUGAUCAUAGCCUGUGGCUCCAGAGGAGUCUAUCACUCUAUACAGGAGUACCUGCCUGGUUGGCUAGCACCCAACUUGUUCAGUGUUUAUUAUCCUAUCAUCAUGUCUGGAUUUUCCAUUAUUAUUUGUUUCUGGGCUGAGACAUUUCAUGUUGAAGGUCUUCAGUUAGAUAAACCACGAUUUCUAAGCAAGUCCAACAUUGGAUUCAUAAUAUUCAAUGCUUUCAUCUACUUGUUACUUGCUGUGCAAGUCAUUACGAUAGAAGUCACUGAUUAUAACACUAAGGUUUACCUUCACAACAUCUUCAGUGGCAUUUUUGCAUCACUGAUGUUCCUGGUGCUGAUAUUUUUCCUUAUUUAUGGAGUUGAACUUUACUACAAGGUAAGGGGUGCGUUCAUGACCACACCCUCAAGUAGGGUAGACUGUGCCCAGGUUACCAUGUCCAGACUAGGUCUUGUAUCACAAGCAUUUUUCCAGCUUCUAAUAUCAAUGUAUUUAAUGGGAGAAGUUAUGGGUAAAGUGUGGAAAGACAGGUUACCAGUGGAUAGUAGAAAUGUUCUGGAGAUUCUCUUUAGGAUAUUGGAAGUAGCUGUAGCACUGUGGUUCCCUUGUUGUCUAUGGAACUGGAAAAGUCCCCACCAACUUUGGAUUCUUAACCCAAACAAGCUACUACUAAGACAACAGUCUGGGGAAAACCAAAAUUUAUUAUCCUCUGAGAAACAAACGACAUCCUACGACGCAAUCGAAACCAAAAAAGGUAGCGAUCAAGAAUGUUGGGUGUGCUAUGACAAUGAACGACGUGAUGCAGGUGACAUGAUAUACCCCUGUCAAUGUAAAGGUGAUGUGGCUGCAGUACACCAUGAAUGCCUCAGAAGAUGGCUACUAGAGCUGUCCACAGAAAACCACGAGGUACCGAAGUGUAAAGUGUGCGGUAGUGAGUAUAUUUUCAAAUUAUCGCAUGGUCGAGUCUGGUUACCAAGUGGUUUAAAUGUCAGGUACUGGCUGCAAGCUGUCUUAGUCUUGGCCGUCAUGGUAACUUCACCUAUUGGUGCAUAUAUCCUGUGUAUAUCUAAGGCUCCUACUGCCUGUAAGGUUCUUAUCAUAGGUAUCUGUAUCAUCAUGGAGUAUCUAUGCUUGAGGUUGAUGGGCUUUAAUAUGAUGGGAGCGUACAGGAGAGCACGUUUAACAGCCAUUACUAUCAUUGGACGUCAUGAUCCAUCCACACCAAAAAACAACCUUCACCCUGAACUAGAAGUAGUUGAAGAUGUAAUGCACCAAGCAUCAACCUCGACUCAGGCGUGACUCAACAGUCUUACGUGACGUGGAAUUGUAACGCAAAGAGAUUCUUACUUAGAAAAACAUGGUUAUCGUGCAUCUUUAAAAAAAUUUGCAAUUGUAAAUAUAUUGAACAAAUAUUGCGUACAUUAACAUGAUCAAAUGAAUUAUGAACAGGACCAAUUUAAUUGAAUCGAAUUUAAAUUAUCCCAAGAGACUGGAGAUUAUCUAUAGAUUAUUUGUUAUAGAUAUUUUUCAAUGAAAUUACUAGAAUAAAAGAUAGCGAAAACACUUUUAUUUCUAAUAAACAAAAUUACAAGAAAUUUGUUCAGUCGAUGUCACGCGAUGCAUUGUUGCGCGCGAGAGCAAGCGCGGUAUACGCUGCCGUUAGAAAUAUCGAAUCCAAUCUCGUACCCAGAGCCUGCGUUUCUUCUGGCCUGCAGCGAAGAACGAGGGCUCUGGCAUAAUCCAUUUUUGGCGCAUGCGCAAUUUUCGAAAAAGAUAUAUAUAACCGAUCAAAAUAAUCAAAAUAAAAAUUAAAUCAAAGCAAAAAUCGAAGUAAAAAUCAAAGUAAAGAUCAUAGGAAAAGUUAGAAAUCGGGAAAAUAUUUUUCAUUUUUGGCAAGUCUUCGAACGCAUGCGCUUUUGAACCGGAAGUCCAAGAAAUCCUGGUCUCAAAAAAUGGAUUAUGCCAGAGCCCUCGGUUCUUCGCUGCAGACAAGAAGGAACGCAGGCUCUGGGUACGAGAUUGUAUCGAAUCGCCAUAAAGUAAUUGCUCUCAAUAACCGAUCUUCUGCAAGCAAAGCAGUUUUUGGUAGACGUUAAUCAAAGUGUCAGUCCAUCAUCGUGACGGAACGAAAGUUUCAAAUAUUUAAUGGUAAGCCAGUAUUUCUCUAAUAAGGUUUAGGCUUUUAAUCACGCUUUAAGAUAUUAAUUAAACAUACAAAUUUUAAAGCCAACUAAAUUGUAUGAUAAUAAAUUUAUAUAAUAAGCAUUCAUUAAACGUGCUUAAUCAACUCGUAA